AUGACCGAAGUACCCUUGUCUUUUUUUCUUUUUCCAUCAUAUGCUUUCUAUAUAUAUUCAAAACCCUAAUUUCUCUCUCAAUUCACGGACGCGCUGGUGGACUGGUCAUCGCUGCUCGCACUCGCUCAAGGUGAUGGCUCCUAAACAGCCAAAUACUGGCCUAUUUGUGGGGUUGAACAAAGGCCACGUUGUGACCAAGAAAGAAUUGGCUGCCCGUCCUUCAGAUCGCAAAGGAAAAACCAGCAAAAGGGUCCAUUUUGUGAGGAGCUUAAUCAGGGAAGUUGCUGGUUUUGCGCCAUAUGAGAAGAGGAUAACUGAGCUUCUGAAGGUUGGCAAGGAUAAGCGUGCUUUAAAGGUAGCUAAAAGAAAGUUGGGCACCCACAAGAGGGCAAAAAAGAAGAGAGAAGAGAUGUCCAAUGUUCUCCGCAAGAUGAGGGCUGCUGGAGGAGGUGAGAAGAAGAAGUAAAACACACUGUAGCCUAAUUGAAUUGCUGGGGACUAGAUCCUUAAUAUUGCACUUAGAAGCUUGAAUUAUUUGGAGCUUAUGUAGCUUCAUCUGUUUUUUGUUUGAGACUGAAUUAAUCUUACCAACGGUGUUUUGUUUUGAAUUGAAGAUUAGAAUUGCUUAAUCAAGUGUCAAGUGAUGUCUUUACUUGCA